AUGCGCGAUGAAUCUCUACUAAUGGCAUCGACAACAAAUCCAACAACAUCUCCUUCGAAUCCUAUAUCAAAUAAUAACAAUGUCGAAGGAUUGAAACUGACAGAAGCGGUAGUGAAAACAUUUCGUAAUGCGCGUGUUUUCCAUGAAAAUACAGAUCGAAUCAAUGCAUUAGACUUCUCUGCCAAUGGUGAAACAUUGAUCACCAGCAGUGACGACGAUUCAAUCGUGAUCUAUGAUUGCCAAGCUGGCUCAUCAAAGAAAACAUUGAAUAGCAAAAAAUAUGGUGUUGAUCUUAUUCGUUUUACUCAUGCAACGAAUACGGUUAUUCAUAGUUCAACAAAAAUUGAUGAUACAAUUCGCUUUUUGUCUUUACAUGAUAAUAAAUAUAUUCGAUAUUUUCCUGGUCAUGUUCGAAAAGUUAUUACAUUAUCAAUGUCGCCUGUUGAUGACAUUUUCUUAUCAGGUUCACUUGAUAAUACCAUAAGAUUGUGGGAUUUGAAAUCAGCCAAUUGUGCAGGCUUAAUGCACUUAAAUGGCCGUCCCGUGGCUAAUUUUGAUCCUGAAGGUCUCAUCUUCGGAGCUGGCGUCACUUCUGAAAUGAUCAAACUUUAUGAUUUACGUUCAUUUGACAAGGGUCCUUUCUCGACGUUUCAAUUGCCCAAGGAGAAAGAUUGUGAAUGGACAGGUCUAAAAUUUAGUGCAGAUGGAAAAACCAUUAUGUUAACAACCAAUGGAAAUAUAAUUCGUUUAAUCGAUGCCUUUAAUGGUCAACUCAAAUAUACUUUAUCGGGUUUUACUAAUACUAAGAAUAUGCCUAUUGAAGCAUCAUUCAGUCCCGAUGCGCAAUUUGUCUUCUGCGGUGCGAGUGACGGACGUAUCCAUUGUUGGAAUGCUGAAACUGGUAAUCGUGUGUGUACACUUCUUUGUGAUUCUAUGACUGGUCCAACAAUUGUUUCCAUGAAUCCUAAAUUUAUGUUACUUGUUAGUGCAUCGAAUCAAUUAAUCUUCUGGUUACCACAUUUGGAUGAUUUAUAA